AUGCCUCAUGCGACUACAGAAAGACCACCAAUUCCCUAUUCAACUAGGCCGGAUACCACAAUGCCGCAUUCCUUCCUGUCCCUCCCAUCUCUCAAGGAAUUCAUGAUACACCGAUUAAUUGACGAAGCAACACAUAUUAGCAGCAUGGAGAUAGCCAUGAGAGAUUAUGCACGGCAUCGCAACAAGAUGGAAGAAGUAUGUGCAGGAGCUAGCGAAAGCACAAUCACAUUCAUGGCCGACAAAUUAUUCUGGCGUUCUCACUGGCCCCAGGAAGAAUAUCCUAGAGAGAAUUGUUUAUUGGAUUCGCAUGAUAAAGAAGUUAUUCUUAGGGCAUUUGCAAAUGUUCGUGUUCGAGCUGGGGAACAGGAGAGAUUUCGUGAGCAACAAUGUAGAUAUCGGGAGUUUUAUGCUCAGGAAGCUCAGGCGUGGAGUAAGAGUGUUGGGGAUAAGCUUGCACGAAUGGCACAGAAGGAAAAGCAGACUGAGGACCAUGAGGCAAAGGAUGACGAAGCAAAAUUGGGUUUGCAGGCGUUGGCGCAACUUGAGAUUUGA